UCCAUGAUGGCUGAAGAUCCUGGCGGAACACUUUUCAAUUUCUCUCUCAUUUUUCUUUCUUUCUCUGUACGUCAGCUUGCCAUAGAGGCAUGGCAGGACUCACAGCCCCGCUAAGCGUUCGCAGAUCAUUGAUGUCGACAUGCCCAAGAAAGGGAACCGAAAACGGCUGAAAUUUAAGGCUGGGGACGUUUGUUCGGAAUCAGUGACGGUUGCUGAUUAUGCUGAUGCCGACCCAGCUGUUGUGAAGUCGGGGAGGGUGAAAAAGGCUGUCGUGAAUGCAGUUGCUAAAGAAGUGAAAUCCCUCUGUGGCCUCGAGGCGUCUCAGGGGGCGGUAGAGGAAGUCCUCUCAUCUGCUGUGAGUGUCAACACAGACGCUUUGGACAGCAGUUUAGACCUGGACGCUGAAGAAGAUGGAGAACCUGAAACUAAAGUGGCCCACAAGAAGAAAAGCAAGAGAAGAAAAGAGAGCAGUGAGAGCAGCGAUGGGGGGGAGUAUCCAGUGGAUAUUUGGUUAGUGCUCUCCUCCUAUAUUCGGCCUGAGGAUGUGUGCACAUUUGCGCUAAUCUGUAGAAAUGCCUGGACAGUCACUUGCACUGCAGCUUUUUGGACCAGGCUGUAUAGAAGACAUUAUAGGAUUGAUGUUGAUCUGCCAUUUCGUCUCCAGCCUUACUCUAUUGAUAUGAUGCACCGUCUACGGGCCCGUGUCAUUCGCUCCCUUUUCCAUUUGUAUGAGCCAUUCAGCUUGCGUGUCUCGAAAAUUCCUGCCCUGCCAGAAUCCACGCCCACCACUUUGAUCAACUCAAGGUGUUUGCUCUUCUGGGUCAAAAGGGUGUCAGGGACUCGACCAGAGGCAUUGUGGGAGUUCAACUUCAAGUUUAUAAAGCAGCGGGGACCCAGUAAAAAUGGUUGUGCCAAGUCCUUGUGUUUGCCCAGACAAUACGAACAUGUCCACACAAACCCAGACACUGACUGCUAUGUGCUUCAGGUCACCACACUCAACUUCAUCUUCACCCCUGUGGUCAUGGGCAUGACCCUGACCUUGUUCACAAUCAACGUCAGCACAGACAUGCGGCACCAUCGUGUCCGUCUGAUGUUCCAGGACUCGCCACUCCACCGUGGGAAGAAGAGGGUUGAUCACAGCGGGACCCAGGUGUUGUUGGAUCCCGUCCACAGUGUGAGGCUAAUGGACUGGUGGCAUCCGCAGUACCCCUACAUAUCCUCCACAUAGGAGGAAAUGUCUCCUCAGUUCCUGCUGCAGCAGUCCUCUCUUACAAGGACAAGAGUUCCACUGUUAAUUUCAUCCCUCUCACCAAAAAGAAAUAUGCUAUUGGAUGAUUCUGCAAAACUCAAAUCAUGACAAGGUUUUGGCACAUUCACAUUUCACUUCGUUAGAUGUCAAGUCCAACACUGACUGGCCUUAGGUGGAAUGCAAAUACCACCUUCUUGUGUAAAACAAGUUGCAUGCCCAUUCUCCACUGUGAUCUCCACAUGCAUCUUGUAGUGUUACUACAAGAUCCUAUGGCCAUGCAGGAAGUUCUUCCUGCAUGGCCAUAGGACUUUCACUGCAGAAUCAUCCAAUAUGAGCAUUAUUCCUUGGCCUCUUCUUGUUGUUUAUUUAUACAAAUCUGCCAAUGUCCACACAAUGACAUCAGCAACCCAUCUUCUCUUUCAAUACUCCUCAGCUUCAGCAAUCCCAAAGUCUUUGUGAAAACAUGGAGUAAUAGUGCUGGGUGUUAUGGAAAAGAAAUGAAGGUCAUAGCCAGGAAAUCAUUGUCUCAAUUGUUGUAAUAUCUGUUAAUAUAUGAAAAACCAGAUCAGAUUGUUGAGUAAGGCAUAUUUCAAAGUCAUAGUGAAACUGAAUCAUGGGACCUCUCAGAUUGUUUUGGGAGAAAUGAAACUUAUUUAGCAUAGUAUGCAUCAUUUUUCACAAUAUUACAGCAUUAGUUCAUAGAUGCAUCACACACACGGCAGAGAGGAACACAUAUUUGGUACUACUAGACCAGUCCACCUUCUCCUUAGCAGACAACACAGUUGUAAGUUGAACCUACAUGUGUGACACAUUUUGUAGAAGAGUUUCUAAAGCUCAUGGAUGAACAGGGUGCUACAUUUUGUACUAACCUCAAUGUUUUAUGCUCACUUGAAAGUUACUCUGAAGUAUCUUGAUUUUUGCAUUUAUGUGAGUUUCGAUAAUAUUGUCCCAGCAUAAUUACUCUUUGAAAACCAUGUUUUUUUUUGGGAUAUAUUUUAUUUUAAAGGCAGCCUUUCUUAGAAUUAUGUGAAUAUUA